CAGUAGUCUCACUUUCAACGGAAGGAGACUAAGAUCGCAAGAAAGAUAAGACGCGGACGGAACAGGAUGAAUCCGGGGGCAGACGAUAACGAUUCAAUCCAUAGUAUGAUUGAUUGACUGGGGAAGUAACUUCCUGACUGGCUGGCACUGGCACUGGCACUGCACUUCCUCCCUUGUUCCCCCAUCAGGACUAUCUACUGUACUCCGUACAGUAGUAUACACCUGGAGUGUAUGAGUAAGUGCAGAUGUCCAUCCAUACCAGGGAAACGUUCUACAUGAGAAGCUUCGUCAAGUCGCGCUGCUUCCAUCAAGAUCGAGGAAUCCAUGAUGCCAGCCUAAUGUCUGUGCCUUUCCCGAUUGACACACAGCUCUGGACGUCUUGCUUUUUAGUCAGGUCCCGAUCAAGAACCACCUACACUAAGAAUACUAUGUAUCUUCCUCAGCCACAGUUGCUCGUGUCAGCCAUCAACAUCAUCACCCAGAACGAUGAUCAGCAACUCACACAGCAGUCAUUCAUCUUUACCAUACCUGGUAAUUUGAUGGUUUCAUCAGGUGACUCAAACCACUCACUCAGUCACUCACUCACAGGCAAAUACUGGGUCAGUGUCAGUGACACCCGACGUUUCCUCAACUUUAAACACUUCACCCAACAAGCAAAUCCGGCUCGGUCAAUGAGAAGAAUUAAUGGCGCAUCAAAUGACUCAACCUCCUUCCAACCCUUCUUUCCCCCUCCAUUCUCUCUCUCUGUCUCUCUUCCUCUGUCUCCGGGCGCGGCCACUUACCCAAGACAGGUGCCGAUGAGUACAACCACACUCACCCACCCACCUCUCCCCUCUCACAUCCGAUCUUACGACUUGCCGCGAGAGCCUGGAAGAUACCCGGAUCGCGGGUUGAUAAGCCAUGGGGGUGGGAGCAAGCCUCGUCCACCCAAAAGCAUAGCCGCGACGCUCAAUCGGUGGCGAUCGACACAGCUCAAACCCGCCCGGCGCGCAGCGCGUCCCUGAGCGACGGACUUUCCUGGCUCGCCAGCUAGUUUAGCCUAGCCAGGCGGUUGACAAAGUACGAUUCAGGUUCUAUGGUGUUGGCAUGAUUAUGAACAAGCGAAGCACGCCAUGGCCAGCUCGG